AUGACUGAUGACGCACGAGAUUACAGUUUGGUUGUUUUCGGCGCAACUGGAUUUACCGGACAAUAUGUUGCUGAAGAAGUUGCACGAAUUGCUGAUGAAGAAAAUAUCACUUGGGCCAUUGCCGGUCGUAACAGCGAAAAAUUGAAUGCCAUUAUAGAGAAUGUUGGAAAAGUAACAGGUAAAUCUCUCAAGAAUGUUGGAAUCAUUCAGGCUGAUAUUAGUGAUCCAAACUCACUUAGUGAGAUGGCGAAGAAAGGGAAGAUUGUUCUCAACUGUGUGGGGCCCUACAGAUUUUUUGGAGAGGCUGUAGUGAAGGCCUGUGUGGAAAAUGCAACAAGUCACAUUGAUAUUAGUGGCGAACCUCAAUUUCUUGAAAGGAUGCAACUGGAUUACAAUGUUGCUGCUCAUGAUAAAAAAUGUUAUGUAGUAGGAGCUUGUGGAUUCGACAGCAUCCCAGCAGAUAUGGGUACUGUUUUCUUAGAAGAAAAACUUGGUGGGCAAGUCAACUCUGUUGAAACAUACUUGAAUAUCAAAUCUAAUAAGGGAGCUCGAGGGCAUUUUGCAACUUGGCAAAGUGCCAUUUACGGAUUUGCUCAUGCCAAUGAAUUAAAACCUUUGCGCAAAAAGCUAUUUCCGGAGCGUUUGCCAGUGUUAAAGCCUGCUCUUCAAUACAGAGGCAUUCUUCAUAACAAUCCUAUCGUCAAAUCGUGGUGUUUACCAUUUCCCGGUUCUGAUCGCUCUGUCGUGAUGCGAUCGCAGCGGUACUUUUUUGAAAAAGAAAACAAGCGUCCCGUGCAGAUGAAAGCUUACGUUCAAUGUUCUUCAUUAAUAGCUGCCAUAGCCAUGGCCUUAUCGGCUGUUCUUUUUGGUCUUCUGGCAAGUUUCAAAUUUGGACGCAGUCUAUUGGAAAAAUAUCCACAAUUUUUCUCCUUCGGUGUUUUUGGUCACGACGGACCUAAAAAAGAGGAGAUGGACUCGACAUCAUUCGUUCUAACAUUAGUCGGCAAAGGAUGGAGUGAAAAGCUAACAGAGCCAAUGGAUGCACACACGAACCAGCCAGAAAAAGAGUUGGUAGUUCGAGUUUCAGGGCCUGAGGCAGGGUACGUUGCCACACCUAUUUGUAUGGUUCAGGCUGCUCUUGUACUUCUCCGCGAUACUGACAAACUACCUGCUAAUGGUGGAGUUUUCCCCCCAGGGGCGGCAUUUGCGAAGACUUCACUGAUAGAGCGCUUGAUUAAGCGAGGAAUUAAUUUCCAAGCGGGUGUCAAGAGCUCUCUCUAACUUAACGAAAGGACAUGUACCAUAUGUACUUGAUCUUAGCGCGAUCUAUAAAACUACCUGCUUGUAACGUUUCUGCUGCUCAAGUUGUUUGAUUUAUAUUGGCACUUGGGCAGUAUGCCAUAAUUCAAACAGCUUUAUUCGUGAACCAGACAUUAUUAAAAUAUGAAUAAUAGAAAAAAAAAAUAGUUUUUGUUAAUUUACAUGAAAUAAAUAUUCUUGGAUCAACA